CAAAAGGGAAAAAAAAAAGAAAAAAAAAGAAAAAACAAAUAAAAAAGAGGUUCCUUUUUCGCUCGCCUCUCCUCGCUUCCGGUAUCGCCUUGGAUAAUCAAAAUCAUCCGUUCAUCGUGAAUUACUCUACCACCACUUCACCAUCCUUGCCUGCCUCUGAAACAACAGACCGACCAUGGAUGAUGACCUUCAUGGAAACAACGGUGGAAUGCACAACAACGGCGGAGUUCAAGAUCCAAGUCACUCGAUGCAUGUGCAGUAUGAGCAUCACGGUAUGAUGGAUGAGCAGCACGCUGAUGAUGUGAUGAAUGAGGGACUAGUGGAGCCAGACAUUCCUUCCCACCUUGGAAACGCAUCUGACCAUCGCGGCGAAGUAGUAGACCGUGGCAGUGAGAACGGAGAUCAGUUGACCUUGUCCUUUCAGGGACAAGUUUAUGUUUUUGACCGUGUCUUGCCUGAGAAGGUUCAAGCUGUGCUUUUGUUACUUGGAGGAAGGGAAGUACCACAGGCAAUCCCGACAACCGUAGGAUCACCUCAUCAGAACAAUAGGGUACUGGGUCUAUCUGGUACUCCUCAAAGGUUUAGUGCACCGCAGAGGCAAGCCUCGUUGCUCAGAUUCAGGGAGAAAAGAAAAGGGAGGAAUUUUGAUAAGACUAUUCGUUACACUGUCAGGAAGGAGGUAGCAUUGAGAAUGCAGCGUAAGAAGGGUCAGUUCACAUCUGCCAAGUCAAGCAAUGAGGAUUCUGCAUCCACUGGAUCGGAUUGGGGGUCAGGCCAGAGCUGGGCCUUGGAAGGGUCUGAGUCUCAGAAGCCAGAGGCUUUAUGUCGGCACUGUGGAACCAGUGAGAAGUCAACUCCUAUGAUGCGACGUGGACCUGAAGGGCCAAGGACACUUUGUAAUGCAUGUGGAUUAAUGUGGGCAAACAAGGGGGCACUUAGAGACUUAUCCAAAGCCCCUCCUCCUCCAACAGCCCAGAAUCUGCCUGCAAAUAAAAUUGAUGAAUCAAUUCUUGAGGCUGAGCUAGCUGGUGACAUUAGCAACUCACAGUGAGAGAAGUGGGUAAACCCAUUGUACGCUAUAAAAAAAAAGAUGUGAGUUUGGUUGAGGGUUCUUUGGGACACUCAUAAUCUGUUGUUGUAUAAUUUAGAAAGAUCACUCAUGAGAAGAAACAAGAAAAAAAACAUAUUUGCUCAGUCUCUUCCAUCUGUAAGUUUGAUUUGUUUCAGAAGUCUUUUUUAUUUUUUAUAUUUUUUUCAUGUGGUAGAAACAGUGAACUUGUUGUAGCUUUUCAAAUUUUACUGACACCAAAUAAAACAUUUUUAUAUUUUAAA